AUGCUUCGCCAUCUACCUCUUGAUCUCGAGGGUGAUCUAACCCGUGCCUUGGGACCGCUGAUUGAUUUUCGCAACGGCCAGCCUAUGUUUGCGAACGAAUACGUCAGAGACUAUAUCCAUAAUGAGCUCACAGCAAAGCUGAACUCCGGUGGCGACUAUAGCUGCGAAGUUUCAACGCACGCCGACUUGACUCGUAGCCGUCCUCACAUUUUUGGAACACUCUGGGGUAGCUCAAGCGGGCCCACGAGGAAGAUGCCGUAUUUUCUGGGAACAGAGCGCAUUGGAUUUCAGCCACUCGGUGCUCCGGGAUGUACCUGCCUUGAGUCACUCCAAGCAGCAGUCAUUCGUGGACAUCUUCAGACAAUCGAUGUAUUGCUGCAGCUGCUUCCAGACGUAUCAUCAGCUCUUGAAGAUAACCCCUCCCUGUACCUCGACGCCAUCGGGUCAGGGAAAUCUGAGGUCUUGAAACGCCUACUCGAUGUAGGACGUGCACAGUUACCGGUGGAAGUUGGGUCAAAUUUGCUUCGCUUGGCUGCUCAAGCGGGCCAUCUCGCGGUUAUUCGGGAACUUAUUCGUCGCAUAGGAGAACCCGCCGUCGGCCAGUGUGAUGGAGGAAGGUGCUAA